AUGCCCCAGCUCAGCAGCGGCGGCGGGGAUGACCUGGGGGCCAAUGACGAGAUGAUCGCCUUUAAGGACGAAGGGGAGCAAGAGGAGAAGAUCCAGGAAAACGCCUUCACCGAGCGCGACCUGGCCGACCUCAAGUCCUCGCUGGUGAACGAGUCGGAGAGCAACAGCAGCCCCGCGGCCGCGGCGGCCGAUCCGGAGGCGAUCAGGCGUGUGCAGGAUCCUCAAAGGGUUUAUCAGGAGAAACUCCCGGAUCACAUGGAAGAUGGUAUAAAGCAUCAGGACACGGGGAUGUACAAAGGAUCUGCUUAUUCUGGCUACCCUUUUCUAAUGCUCUCAGACCCUUAUCUGCCAAAUGGAUCUAUGUCACCUUUGUCCAACAAGGUUCCUGUAGUGCAGCCGUCCCACGGAGUCCAUCCACUCACCCCACUCAUUCCAUACAGCAACGAACAUUUCAGCCAUGGCUCCCAUUCACCACACCUGCCAGCCGACAUCAACCAGAAACAAGGUGUGCACCGUCCUUCCCAAACAUCGGAUAUCCCUGGUUUCUACUCCCUCCCUCCCAGUGGGGUUGGACAGAUAACACCUUCUAUGGGAUGGCAGAGCCAGUCUGUCUAUCCGCUUCCGUCAUGUGGAUUUAGACAGCCGUAUUCGUCAGCGCUCUCUGCUGGGGCUACUUUCUCCAGGUUUACACAUCCCCUGAUGCUGAGCUCUGGAAUGCACACCACUGGAAUCCCUCAUCCAGCCAUAGUACCCCACUCUGGGAAGCAAGAAAUGGAUCAUUACGACCGGAGCAUGAAACCCCAACCAGAACCAAAGAGAGAGAAGGAAGCCAAGAAGCCCACUAUCAAGAAGCCCCUGAAUGCUUUCAUGUUGUAUAUGAAAGAAAUGCGGGCAAAAGUCAUUGCUGAGUGCACCCUGAAAGAAAGUGCAGCUAUCAAUCAGAUUUUAGGAAGGAGGUGGCACGCACUGUCACGGGAGGAGCAGGCCAAGUACUAUGAACUGGCCCGGAAGGAACGGCAGCUUCACAUGCAGCUCUACCCAGGCUGGUCUGCUAGAGAUAACUAUUCUUCAGGCUCUUCAGCCCGUGAACACACUCAGUUAUACUCAGGGCCCCUGGAAUUCUGCGGCACUUCAGGGCCAGUUUCUGCGGCAAGGGGAAAAAAGAAAAGACGAGCAAGAGAAAAGCAGCAAGACUCCAAUUCAGAUCCCGCCUCUCCUAAGAAAUGCAGAGCUCGCUUUGGCCUCAACCAACAAACGGACUGGUGCGGCCCAUGCAGGAGGAAAAAGAAGUGCAUUCGGUACUUACAAGGAGAAGGACGCUGUUCCAGCCCAGUUUCUUCCGAUGGAAGUGCUAUAGACUCCCCUCCCUCUCCUCUGGAUACACUCCAAUGCAUAUCCUCUGCAUUUACUUCAGACAAGCUUGCGACUCCUGCUGAUUUCGCACACAAAGAACAAAGCAAUCCUUUCCCCACCUCUAUUCAUGUCAAAAGCGCUCCAUGCUCCUCUGGACUGACCACUCACUGCUCAUCCACUCGGUGCUCAUCCAUGCCACACGUGUCAGUAACAUCCAGCGACUCCUCAGAGUACAGUGUGCCAUCAACAGGAACAUAGUGCCACGUUGUACAAGUCAACACUUAUUAAUGCAUUGGGCACUUUGCUUUUACCAAGUGGUUUUGCUGCCCAUUGAAAUGGACUGGAGGCCCAAAUUACUCACCAUGCUGUAAAACUGUUUUCAAAGUCAAGGGGCAGUUGUGUCCUGAGCCCCAAAAUGAUUCAAAGAUGCUGGAAUAGUCAACGUUUUUAUCUGGAGCAAAGAUAGAAAAAUGGUGUCUCCCUCCAUAAAAAGGUUGAAAUGAGGACUCGCCAAAAUUAAAAAUGCCAAUCAGUAAACAAAUCUUUCAUCCCCACCCUGAGUUUCCUUUUACUGCAUCAUCUGCUCAAGUAGCUGAAAGUGAAAGCUAACUCCCUGGCGUGUUGCAGUAGAUGGCAGGUGCUAUAAAUCUGAAGCAUUUCUGUUUCUUGCAUCCCAAACAGCUUUGAACUGUAGUCAGUCACAGGUCUCUUGUAGCUAUUUCACCAUGGAGUUAGGAAAGCUGGUGCAGAAGCUUUUUAAAAAGCCCGUCUCUGUCCGAGAGCUAAAUGUUGGGAAGCUAGAUUUCACUCUGACUGGCUCGUAAGAAAAAAGUGAAAUAUAGGCAAAUGAGGUGAAUAUUGUUCAACUUCUUGUUUGAGGACAGAAAAAUAUUGUUUACAGGUAACAGGUCUUUGCAGACAUGUCAAGUUCUCUUAGCAUACAGAAUGGCAGACGAACAGUGAGAGCACUCAAGGCAGAAAAGGAAGCUUGGACUGGCUGCUUGAAGGUCUAUCUAUCCAAUGUUUCAUUGUUUUAGGGCUAAAAUACAAUAGUAACAUGUUAGUCAAGUGCAAAGUCCUCCUUGCUGCUCAGGUUGUUCACAGUAAACACUGGAGAGUCAGACUCCUUCAGUAAAGGACCUUGCAAAGGCUCAAAGUAGACCCCAUUUGCCAUUAAGUACUUGAUCCUACAAGUCCUUGCAUAAUAGCUGCAGCAGGGUGCGCGGGAUUAAGAAUCAGCCCAAGUAUAAGUAGAGCAGAGGUGGGCAAAGUACGGCCCGCGGGACUGUCCUGCCUGGCCCUUGAGCUCCCUGCCAGGGAGGCUAGCUAGCCCCUGGCCCCUCCUCCACUGUCCUCCCUCCCUCACAGCCACAUGGGCAGCACUCUAGGCGGCAGGGCUGCACAGUCCUGCAGGGCAGCAUGGCAGGCUCCGGUCAGGCAGCAUGGCUGCCAGACAUGCUGCUCUGAGCGGCAUGGUAAGGGGUCCGGGUGCAGUCAGGGAGCAGGGGGCGGUUGGAUCGGUGUGGGAGUUCUGGUGGGGGGGCAGUCAGGGGCCAGGGAACAGUAGGGGUUGGAAAGGUAUGGGAGUCCCGGGGGGCCUGUCAGAGGGUGGGGGUGUGGAUAGGGGGCAGGGCAGUCAGGGGACUGGGACCAGGAUCGGGGGGGUUGAAGAGGGGUGAGGGGUCCCAGCAGGGGACAAGGAGCAAGGGGGUUGGGAGUUCUGAGGGGGGCAAUCGGGGGGCAGGGGCAGGCUGUUUGGGGAGUCACAGCCUUCCCUACCCGGCCCUCCAUACAGUUUUGCAACCCCGAUAUGGCCCUUGGGCCAAAAAGUUUGCCCACCCCUGAAAUAGAGGCUAUAUGUAAGGUCAAAGCGUGGCCUGCUGCACAGAGCUGCUGUAACUCAAGCCCCUGUGCACUCACUCCCUUACUCUUACAAACCCAGGGUAGCGUAGAGAGUGGACAUGGCUUGAGCAUGAUGCUCAUCACAUUCAUGAGGUACUUAGCUCCACUCUUCCCUCUUCAGCCUUUCUCCCCUUGGACGCAGGGAUUUUGAGGCAGAUCACAGAGUCCCUGCUGUAGGGUUUGGUGCCCCACAUUCCCUGCCCAUCACCUUUAACCUCAGAUGUCACUCUGCAGCUAUGCAGUGCAGGAUCAAGCUCCAAAUGUGGUUAUAAGUGAAAUGAGCUGGUAUACAGUGUCGACUAGCUAGUUACACUGUAGAUUUUACAAUACAAAUUAUUUCCUCUCUACUCCUUUUCCCAGCCAGUGGCUGUCAAACAUUAAUACAGGCUCUCGCUCUUGAAAGUGUCUAUGGAUUUCUGAUAUUUUAUUUAUAUUUUGAGCCUGGUAAACAUAAACCUUUAGGGGCCAGAUUCUGAUCUCAGUUCCACUGAUGUAAAUCCAGAGUUACUGCACAAAAGGAACUGGCAUAACUCCAGAUUUAUACCAUUGUAACUAAGAUCAGAAUCCAGACACUUGUUUUUUUCCUGCUUUAUAAAAACCUAUUCUAGACUGAAGAGAAAAGUACCAUAAAACAUUAGGGGGGGAGGGGGGCUAUUUUUUCUACUGUACACGAUAGGAUUUAGAAUACUGAAUACAAACUUAAAGUAGUAUUAUAUAGGCUUGCAAGAAAUUUAAAAGAACCUUUGCUAUACAAACUAUUUUUGUAUUUUUUUCUUAAGGCAACAAAACUUUUUUUAUAUAUGUUUAUUCCAACUUUUUAAUAGGUUUCUAUAUCAGAGACUGAAGAUUAGAAAGCUGCUUAUAGUGUAGAGCACUAUAGUUAUUGGUUCCCCCCUCCCCAUUCAGUUCCUUUUGCUUGAAGUUGCUGUAGAUUGGAGGGGGGGGGGAGGGAGAAGAGGAAAACCAUGCAAAUUCUUUGCAAGAAAAGCUAAAGCUGGUGCUUUAUUAGUCUCUGUUCGCUGUGCAACUGUAACCUCUGUUGGUACUAACGGAAGUUACACGCACAAAUCCAAAAGAGCCUAUUUAACCCUUAGACCACUGGCAUUGUCUGUACUUCCACACAUGUAUAUUAAAAGCAUAUACUGACACUCACCACGUGGUUAAUUAUCUAGCACUGGAUCAAUAUCUGAACUAGUAUCAUUUAAAUGAUUUCCAACCAAAGUGGUUAAAGCUGAGGUAGGUGACUAGUUGCAGCUUAACCACUGACUGUAACCUCACGCAAGUCUCUUCACCGCUCUGUGCCUCAGUUUCCCCAUCUGUAAGAUGAGAAUGCUAAUCUUUUUUCAAGUGCUCUGAGAUUCUCAGAUAUAAAGUGCUGGGGGCAUGACAAGCAGUAGUAUUAUUAAAACCACAAGAUAUGGUUCAGCUAUAGCACGGGUUAGUGGUUGGGUAUGUUCAGCAAAAUAUUGGGUGUAAAGUGAAACUUGCACCUACUGUGGUUGUGCAAAACAAAUGUAACCGACCCCCUCAGCAGCCAUCACAGGAGAGUACAAAUGGACAAACAGCUGUGGCUAGCUAACACUCCAGGAUACUAUGGGAGAAAGUCCUGCAGUAUAUAAAUGGCACCAUUUGACCAAGAGCCAAACUCAAUGCUGGAGUAAACAGACACCACUACCAUUGACUUCAGCAUUCAGUGGAAGUGGCACCCACUUCAUCUAAUGCUAAUUGGGACCCCAGAAGUGCAUGGCAACAUCUGAGAAGGGCUGCCUGAUAUCACAGUCUACUCAGUUGAUUUCCAUUUCCCACUGUUGCAGGAUCUGCUUAGUAGCACUCUGGCUAACAGCCUGUUCCUGCUACAGCUUUUCCUCUUCUAUCCAAAAUGGGCAAGUGAUGUUUGCAUAGCUGUGGAACCAGGAUCAUUGGAUCCCUUUGCAACUUACACCCAUUUUCUGACUGCUGUACACUAUCACUAAAUGUGGCCCUUAACCUCUAGCCUUGUUCUGACUUUGUGCGAAAUAUAAUUUGCCCUGCUUUAGUUGUACAAGUUCAGCUGUUGACCCUAUCCUCUGCUCUCAGAUACUAGGCUAAAUUCAGUAAGCCCUGUAGGUGGAGGGCUGUAACUGAGAGAGAGAGAGAGAGAGAGUGUGUGUGUGUGUGCACAUGCGCGUGUGUAACAGAGCAGAAUUCGAUUGUUUAGUUCUUGAAACAUGCAAGGAGACCUUUAAGCUGCCCAUUCCAAGGAAAAAAUAUUGAGUAAAUGUUAUCACUUUUUACAACUUGCCCUAGGAAGCCAAAACAGAGAUCCUAAUUUUUUUAAAUACCAAAAAAAAAGUCUUUAGAUAUGCUAUAGGAAGUUUUACUUUUUAAAAAAAAAAAACCUUGCCUGUAAAUUUUUACUGCAGCAAGAUUUAGUUCUCAUAUGACAGUUUCAUUUUUGUUAAUUACCCAUUUGAUUUCCUGUUUGAAUGUAGAAGUCACAGAAAUACCACUUCAUUAAGUAAAACCACUGUAUGUAUGUAGCACAGAUAAGUGUUUUGCAGCUGUACUUUCAUUUGUCCAAUAACUAUCCACCCUAUACUGUAAUUUUUUUUUACAUCACUGAGUUUGUAUUUUUUGGCUUUUAUGUUCAAAAUAUGUUUAUAGCUUUAUAAAUAAAGAAGUGUGCCAGCCUGGCCCUUCAAAAAGGGCCACUGGGGGGUUAUAAUCCUAUACAA